AUGGCCAUUCUCAUAGUUGUUGGCGGCCCGUCUGGAACGGGCAAAUCCACAGUCGGUGAGCGUCUGAGUCAAGAUUUGAACUGUCCGUAUGUGGAGGGGGAUUCGUACCAUCCCCAAUCAAAUAUCGACAAGAUGUCGCAUGGGAUUCCACUGACAGACGACGAUCGUUGGGACUGGCUUGAGAAGCUCACCAAGGUGGGGGUUGAUGCCACCAGCCAGACGGGAGCUGCUGUGGUGACUUGCUCGAUGUUGAAACUGAAGUACCGCGAUUACAUCAAGAAAAUAGCCAGACGGGAGAAGCCGGAUAUCAAGGUGUUGAUGCUAUUUCUCUACAACGACUACAAUAUAAUCUACAAGAGAAUGAGCCAGAGAGCAGGCCAUUUUAUGAAAAACAGCAUGCUGAAGAGUCAAUUCAAUGAUAUGGAAGUUCCAGAGAACGAAGAGGGGGCGUUUGCGAUCUACUGCGGCGAGAAGUCGCAGGAAGCUAUUGGAAAAGAGGUCCUUCAAGUAGCUAGACAAGUCAUGACAGCCCGUGAGUAA